CUCUGACCAGCAUCCGCCCACAAAGCCUGGCACCUGGAUGGGGGGGCGGGGGGGAGGUGAGGCCGAGGUGCCCCCUUGCCCAGCGCUGAGUCAUGGGCAUCCCCCAAUGUCCCCGCCUCGGUGCUCUCGGCCCUGCCCCCUCCCAGCCUCCCUCUGAGAAAUCCGUGUGACUCACGUAUGGUCCCGUCAUCCCCGGCCGAGCUUGGAGGAGGGAGGAGCCCAGCUGGGGCAGGAGGGGGUGUCCCCCCCCACCCCCCACAAACACAACGCGGCGCCUCCCCCCGGCUCCACACUGGCUGCCUGCCUUGCCCUGCCUCAGGAGAGGGAGUCUCCAUGCGCACCAGCUCCCGCGGCCACUGCGGGACCACGGCUGGCAGGUUCAGCCUCAGAGGUGGAUCUUGAAAGCUUGUUCCACUGCUUAGCCCCACGCGGGACCUUCUCCUGCUCAUCACCAGGCGGUGAUGUCUCGAGUGCCUUGGGGGAAGAAGAUGACUGCCCAAGUGCUGCUGCAGAUGCCGCUGUUCCUGCUAGGUAUCCUGCUGCUUCCAGGUGCCCAUGGCGAGGGCCCCCGGGAAGACUUCCGCUUCUGCGGCCAGCGGAACCAGACGCAUAACAGCAGCCUCCAUUAUAAGCAGGUGUCCCAGCUCCACAUCUCCAUCAGGAACUCUGAGGAGGCCCUCAUCAUCCAUGCCCCCUUCCCUGGAGUCCACCCGGCUUCUUGGCCGUUCCCUCCACCCAGGGGCCUCUACCAUUUCUGCCUCUACUGGAACCGCCAUGCGGGGAAACUGCAUCUUCGCUACGGCAAGAAAGACUUCGUGCUGAGUGACCAAGCCCCUGACCUCCUGUGCUUCCGGCAUCAGGAGGAGACCCUGGCCCCGGGGCCCCCACUGUUUGCCACCUCUGUCAGCUCCUGGUGGAGCCCCCAGAACACGAGUCUGCCCAGCGCGGCCAGCUUCAUCUUCUCCUUCCACAAUCCCCCUCACAAGGCCUCCCACAAUGCCUCGGUGAACAUAUGUGAGCUGAAAAGGGACCUCCAGCGGCUCAGCCAGUUCCUGAAGCAUCCCAGCAAGACCUCAAGGAGGCCCCCCUUCACCCCCAUGGGCCAGCAGCUGCAGAGCCUGGAGUCGAAGCUGGCCUCUGUGAACUUCACAGGGGACGCCGUGUCCUUCGAGGAGGAGCGGGUCAACGCCACAGUGUGGAAGCUCCAGCCUGACUUCAGUCCACAGGACCUGCACAUCCACUCCCCGCGGGAGGAGGAGCAGAGCGGGAUCCUGGAGUACUCGGUGCUGCUGCCUGGCGUGCUCUUCCAGAAGAGCAAGGGCAGGAGGCAGGAGGCCGAGAAGAGACUCCUCUUGGUGGACUUCAGCAGCCAAGCUCUGUUCCAGGACAAGAACUCCAGCCAAGUCUUGGGAGAGAAGGUCUUGGGUAUUGUUGUGCAGAACACCAAAGUAGCCAACCUCUCGAAGCCCGUGGUGCUCACCUUCCAGCACCAGCCACAGCCGAAGAAUGUGACUCUGCAAUGUGUAUUCUGGGUUGAAGACCUGACAUCGAGCAGUCCAGGGAGCUGGAGUGAUGUGGGGUGUGAGACCAUCAGGAAAGAGACACAGACAUCCUGCCACUGCAACCACCUGACCUACUUUGCAGUGCUGAUGGUCGCCUCCGUGGAGGUGGACGCCGUCCACAAGCACUAUCUGACCCUCCUCUCCUACGUGGGCUGCGUCAUCUCCGCCCUGGCCUGCAUCCUCACCAUGGCUGCCUACCUCUGCUCCAGGAGGAAAUCUAGGGAUUACACCAUCAAGGUUCACAUGAACCUGCUGCUGGCCAUCUUCCUGCUGGACGUGAGCUUCCUGCUUAGCGAGCCAGUGGCCUUGUCAGGCUCCGAGGCUGCCUGCCGUGCCAGCGCCAUCUUCCUGCACUUCUCUCUGCUCGCCUGCCUCUCCUGGAUGGGCCUCGAGGGCUACAACCUCUACCGACUUGUGGUCGAGGUCUUCGGCACCUAUGUUCCAGGCUACCUGCUCAAGCUAAGCAUCGUGGGCUGGGGCUUCCCCGUUUUCCUGGUGAUGCUGGUGGCACUGGUGGACGUGAACAACUAUGGUCACAUCAUCCUUGCGGUGCACAAGACCCCUGAGAGUGUCAUCUACCCUUCCAUGUGCUGGAUCCGGGACUCCUUGAUCAGCCAUGUCACCAACUUGGGCCUAUUCAGCCUGGUGUUUCUGUUCAACACAGCCAUGCUGGGCACCAUGGUGGUGCAGAUCCUGCGGCUGCGCCCACACGCCCAAAAGUGGCCCCACGUGCUGACCCUGCUGGGCCUCAGUCUGGUCCUCGGCCUGCCCUGGGCCGUGGUCUUCUUCUCCUUUGCUUCUGGCACCUUCCAGCUCGUUGUCCUCUACUUCUUCAGCAUCAUCACCUCCUUCCAAGGCUUCCUCAUUUUCCUCUGGUACUGGUCCAUGCGCCUGCAGGCCCGGGGUGGGCCUUCCCCUUUGAAGAGCAACUCGGACAGCGCCAGGCUCCCCAUCAGCUCGGGCAGCACCUCGUCCAGCCGCAUCUAGGCCGCCAGCGCCCCCCGCCGGUGUGAAGAAGCAGAGUCACCUGUCUCUCUUCACUGCUGCCUGCGGCCCCUGCAGCCCGGCCCGGCCCUGGGUGGGCCAGCUGAAGACUAGAGAAGGCCCGAGGACCAUGGAGGGAUGGGGCUGUUGCCAUGGCAGCCAGAAAUUCCCAGGCUGGGCCUUCUGACUCUUUGCCUCUUGGGUCCAUCUCAGGGGGCCCAGGAGUGGAACUGAAGGCUGGUCUUAAUGCACCACCACUGGACCAGCCCUUGUAGCUGGGGGUUGGGAGUCUGCAGGACUUGAACCUUGGAGGCUGGCGGCACCCUUGGUCCUGGGCUCCCGCCCAGGACAGAAAUGUGCCAUGGCUGCUCUGUCUCUGGUGAUCACCACAAGGGUACUCUGUAGCCCCGAUUAUUUUAACCUAAGAAUGGCAGGCAGGGAAAAUGGGUUGAGGCAGAGCUUUGAGCCAGACCCCUGGAGGAGCACAGCUUCCUACCUCUGAGCCCAGGGCCCUCCCCCUUUGUCAGCCUCCCCAGCCUUCCCUCUCCCUUUCCUGCUCCUCCCUUCCUCUCCUAGGACCUCCCUAGCCUUCCACUCACAGCCCCAGGGUCCCUGAUUCCAACCCUGGACUUUGGGCAGUGGUUCCCAAGAGCCGCCUGGUGCCUGCUGUAAACCUUUCUUUACUGUGUGGGCCUUUGACUGCCCCUGACUCAGGCUUAAUAGAAACAUUUCUGGGCUGGGCUAGGUCCAUCUUUCCAUCUGGGCCUCUCCAAUGCUGCAUCACCCUUGCUCACCACUGCCAAGCCCACACCUCACAGGGGCCCACAGCUUCUCCUGAAGCCCUCUUGCUUCACCAACUAUGGGACAUAGCAGUCCAAAAUCGUUUCCACUGCAGCCCUGCAAAGACUGAGACUCCUCCCCUGAUAUUGCUGGUAGAGCCUGACGUGCCCCUUAGCGCCCCCUGCAGGCAGUUUUUAUCACACCACAGCCAGUCACAGUUAAUUCUGCUGGACACGAACGGCCAGACCUGGUCGUUCCCCUCUGCGAGUUCUCAGUCUAGUGUGGAAACCAUGCACAACCACGAGAACUCUUAGAGCUGCAGGCACAGGGUUGGGGGAACCAUCACUCCUAGCUGGGAUUCCAGGAAGACUUCCUGCAGGAGAGCAACAUUUGAUCUGGCUCUCAGACUUAAAGAUGGGGAGGAUUUCCUUCGUAAUUACCAGUGCAUUUGUCUUUUGAUGUUAAAAAGAAGUUUGUGUUCAUCGUAGAGAAUUUGGAAGCUGUAGAAGGGUACACAGAAGAAAAUAAAAGUUGUUUUCACCUAACCAACAAAUGCAAA